AUGAAAAUAAACAAUGCGAUACGCGAAGUAUUUAUCAAUCGGUUUGCCUGGCUUCUCUAUUCAUAUGAACAUUUCGUGAUCAGUGGUGCAUGCCAGGAUCUGGAGGCCUACUUCGCCAGCCGAGAUUCUGUCGUUAAUUUUGAUAAGGCAGCGUUCCUCUCCGAUCAGCCCAAUAGCAAUCUUCCAUUUUUAGCUGCAUUCCUCGAAACUCAGGAGCCUUGUUUUUUUUUGGAUAUGUCGCACAAAGAAAUGUCCGCGGGGUCGUCCGCUCUCUUCUGCAUAAGUAGAAUAUUCUUCUUCCAGAUGUUUACCUCAUUCGUGGACUCAAAAAUUGUUUCGCAGUGGGAAACACCGGACGAAAAUCUGCAAAUCUUUGAUUCGCGGAUUCAAGCUCUGCGAACCAAAUAUGGCCUGCAAAUGGUGCGCACUCCUACUUACGAAAAAGCACCACCAUCAUUCGACUCAGGUCUCAUUCUUUUUUGUCAAUUUUUUUGA